GCGGCGGGGCAGCGCUCAGUGUCUUCAGGCAGCACGAGCCGCAGGGCUCCUGGUCGCUGGUUGAAGAGGGGUGGCGUUCAAGAGAUCUCUGAGGGUCCGUGCGUAGCAAUUUUGGCUCAAGCCGUUGGCCUUUUGGUCUAAUUCUAGCAGCGUCGCAGCAUAUCGCGUCACGGCCGGUUCCCCCAUCUUCUGCACUCACGGGGACUUCUGACACCCUGACACCUUAGUAUAAUAUGGUUGCAGACGUCAAGAUCGAGAAAGCGCUGAACCCAGAUCAGCAACAUUUCAUUGACACAGAGAGCGAGUUCGGUGCCCACAACUACCACCCGCUUCCGGUCGUGCUUGAGAAGGGUGAGCGAUGCUACAUGUGGGACACGGGCGGGAAGAAGUAUUUUGAUUUUCUCGCGGCCUACUCGGCCGUGAACCAGGGUCAUUGCCACCCAAAGAUCGUGAAAGCGAUGAUGGACCAGUGCCAGAAGCUCACGUUGACAUCACGAGCCUUCCACAACGACGUGUUUGCAGGCUACUGCAAGUUCGUUACCGAGUUCUUCGGCUACGAGAAGGUUCUUCCGAUGAACACUGGAGUAGAGGGAACAGAAACUGCUAUCAAAUUGAUGAGGAGGUGGGGAUACAUGAAACGCGGCGUCGCGCCCAACAGGGCGCAAAUCGUUUUCGCAAACGAUAAUUUCUGGGGGCGAAGUAUCGCGGCCGUGAGCACCUCUACCGAUCCAGACUGCUACGAAGGGUUCGGUCCUUACGCCCCUGGUUUCAUCAUGGUCCCUUUCAACGACGUCCACGCGCUGGAAAAGGCCUUCGCCGAGGACCCGAACAUCGUCGGCGUCUGCUACGAGCCGAUCCAGGGGGAGGCUGGCAUCAAGGUGCCAGAUCCGGACUUCUUCAGGCAGGUCAAGGCGCUCUGCGAGAAGCACAAUGCACUCUUGUGCUGCGAUGAAAUCCAGACUGGACUGUGCAGGACCGGAAAGAUGCUCUGCAGCGAGCACUACGGCAUCCGUCCCGACAUUGUCGUGCUCGGCAAGGCGCUGUCUGGCGGCCUGUACCCGGUCUCGGCGGUCCUCACCGACAAGCACGUCAUGGAUACGAUCACGCCUGGUACGCACGGGUCCACGUACGGAGGCAACCCUUUGGCCUGCAGGGUGGCAAUCGCAGCGUUGGAAGUGUUGAAAGAGGAAAACAUGGCCGAUAACGCGCAGAAGUUGGGAGAGAUCUUCCGCGCUGAGCUGGGCACCAUGCAAGGCAAGUACCCCUGGAUCAAAGAUAUCCGAGGCAAGGGCCUGCUGAACGCGAUCGAGUGCGACCCUGCGUUCUCAGAAAAGGUCACAGCCUGGCAGGUCUGCAUCAGGAUGGCGGAGAACGGUCUCCUCGCCAAGCCGACUCACGAUAACAUCAUUCGAUUCGCGCCGCCUUUAUGCAUCAACGAAGAGGAAUUGCGCGCGGCUCUCAAGAUAAUCAUGGACACUUUCGCCGAGUUCGCCUAGGACAUUUGAUGAUUUUGACGGCGGCUGCAAUGCAAAAUAGAGGAGCCGUGGCGAGAGUUGAGCAGCAGACUUGAAUUUUCGCAAUACUAGUUCCAUCCUGUGGUUGCGUGCAGACCACGUUUGGUUUGUUGUUUCUUUCGUCGUUCCGAACCGUCCUCGGCUUCUCGGUGCUGGUUCUUUAAAGCGCCCUUGACGAUCAUCUGUUUUCUAUCAUGGCCUGGGCUUUCAACACCAGAAGCUAAACACAUGGGACCAUUUAUGGACACAUCCUACUGCGGAUGCUUUAUGAGCAUUCGCCCCAUGCCGAUGGAAAACAGAGAUCUCGCAGGGUGGUCGUGCUCCUAUGACUGCUCGUGGCAGUGGCGCGCGUGCACUGGUCGAGUGCGGGGCGGCGUGCAGAAGUAGGUUCGGUGGCGUUCUCUUUUGAGGCCCCCGCUUGUGGGAUACGGUAGGUUCGCGCCGCAUUGCCGCGGCGGUUGACCCCAGUGCGGGCGUGUAAAGCUGAACGCCGCCAGUGGCCCAGAAUUGGCCCAGUGAACGU